AUGGACGGGGCCGCCUCCCGUACCUCCCCCCCCCGGCCCGCGGGACCCCCCGCAGCCCCCCUGCCCCGCGGCCUCCCGCCGCCCGGGGGCGCCGCAGCCCCAGCUGGUCGGCACCGCCCCUGCUGCCCAAGGAGCGCGGGGGGUUCCGGGGCGGCGGGCGCCAUGGCGGGGGGGCGGCCGCUGCGGCUGCUGGGCCUCCACGGCUACCGGCAGAGCGAGCGCCGCUUCCGCCAGCGCACCGGGGCGCUGCGCAAGGCCCUGCGCGGCCGCGCCGAGCUGGUGGCUUUCAGCGCCCCGCACCCCGUGUCCGGCGGCGACGAGGAUGACGACGGGGACGACCCCCCCCGCGGCUGGUGGUUCUCCGCGCCCGGCGUCUUUGAGGCGGGGGACGCGGCGGCGGCGCCGGCGGGGCUGGAGGAGUCCCUGGCGGCUGUGGCGGCGGCGCUGGCGGAGCACGGGCCCUUCGACGGGCUGCUGGGCUUCAGCCAGGGCGCCGCGCUGGCCGCCAUGGUGUGCGCCCUGCGGGCCCGCGGCGACCCCCGCUUCCCCGUGGCCUUCGCCAUCCUGGUGGCCGGCUUUGCCAGCCGCGCUCCGGCCCACGGACACUUCUACCGAGAGCCCAUCGCCCUGCCCACGCUGCACGUCGUGGGCGAUGCCGACGCCGUCAUCCCCGCCUCCCUCAGCAGGGAGCUGGCCCGGCACUUCGUGGAGCCCGUUGUCCUCACCCACCCCGGCGGGCACUUCGUCCCUGCGGCUGCCCCGCAGAAGAAGGCCUACCUGGACUUCUUGGAGCGCUUCUGUCCUGCAGGGGGAACCGAGCCCCCGGGGGCUGGGGUGAUUGAUAACACUCUGUAAUAAACGGGGCUCCAGCGGGCCAGAGGCAGCCUCCCAUCUUGGUGAAACAUCGCUGUGCUUCCGUGGCCUCCAGAGGGACCAGCGAGGCCCGGGCAGCUCCCAGUGCUGCUCUGCAGUGUCAACCCAGGGCCAGGCUAAAUGGCUCUUUGUUUUUCUUUUGUUUUGCAGCUUGGUUGUUCGCUGAGCACGUGGGUAUCGUGAUGAGGGGCUGGAGGGCAGGAGGGUGACACUGCUCGGUCUGGGAGGUGCUUGCAGAGACGAGUAGUUCAAAAUUAGGGUCCCUCAGCUCAGGCAAAGGCAGCACCCACCUCUUGCACCCCAGAAGUCUGUGCUUUUAAUAUUCCUGGUGAAAGCCCUUAAGCAAAUCUUCCAGCUGGGCUGGCUCUAGGAAAACGUCCCUGGCAGUGCCAGGGCUGGUUUUGUUUUGGAAGUGAAAUGUCUGCUGGUUGAGUGUGUGUUGGGAGAUGUUUGUACCUUUGUACAAAGUGCCUUCAUGAACAAGAAAAACUUAUUGCUA